CUGACGCCACACGAGGCCCCGCCCCUCAUUGUCAGUCUGGGGCAGCCUGAGCAGGCGCCGGCCGCUGGGAGCGAAGCGCCGGAUCCUUCGGCGGCGGAGCGCGGGCCGGAGCGGCAGAGGUCAAGAGGCAGCUACCAGUGAAGGAUAGUGACUGUUUCCAAGACAUUAGGCAGUGGGGAGGGCAACGAGAAGUCACCACAGAAAUUCCCACUACCUAAAUGACUUAUAAUGGUCUUCAGUUGCCGAAGAAGGUUGUGGAUGCCAAAAGAAAGGUAACCAGUUUCUCCAGUGCAUUUGGAUGCCUCUAACAGUACACCUUGGCUGGCUGUAGACAUGGCAGACAUGACCAGCUACAAGGAUGCUGCCUCCAGUCGACACCUGAGGUUUAAGUUACAGAGCCUAAGCCGCCGCCUUGAUGAGUUGGAGGAAGCCACAAAAAACCUCCAGAAAGCUGAGGAUGAGCUCCUGGACCUCCAGGAGAAGGUGAUCCAGGCGGAGGGCAGCAACUCUAGCAUGCUGGCUGAGAUUGAGGUGCUUCGACAGCGGGUACUGAAGAUUGAAGGUAAAGAUGAGGAAAUCAAGAGAGCAGAGGACCUGUGUCAUAUGAUGAAGGAGAAACUUGAAGAGGAGGAAAACCUUACCCGAGAGCUGAAAUCUGAGAUUGAGUGGCUUCAGAAGCGAAUGGCUGAUUUAGAGAAGCUAGAAGAGGCCUUGAGCAGGAGCAAGAAUGAAUGCUCCCAGCUUUGUUUGAGCCUGAAUGAAGAGAGAAAUCUGACCAAGAAAAUCUCUUCUGAGUUGGAAAUGCUUAGAGUCAAAGUGAAAGAACUGGAAUCUUCGGAGGACCGCUUAGAUAAAACUGAGCAGACUUUAGUAUCAGAAUUAGAAAAGCUAAAAUCAUUAACCCUGAGUUUUGUAAAUGAGAGAAAAUACUUGAAUGAAAAGGAGAAAGAAAAUGAGAAAUUAAUAAAAGAGCUUACUCAAAAACUGGAGCAGAACAAGAAAAUGAGCCGAGAUCACACGAGGAAUGCUUCUACCCUUUUGGAGAGGAAUGACCUGCGAAUUGAGGAUGGCAUCUCCACACUGCCUUCCAAAGAAUCAAGAAGGAAGGGCAGUCUGGACUACUUAAAGCAGGUUGAGAAUGAAACCAGAGACAAAUCAGAAAAUGAAAAGAACCGGAACCAGGAGGACAACAAAGUCAGAGACCUCAACCAAGAGAUUCAGAAACUUAAGACUCAAAUCAAACACUUUGAAUCUUUGGAAGAGGAACUUAAGAAAAUGAGGGCUAAAAACAAUGACCUUCAGGAUAAUUACCUAACUGAACUGAAUAAAAACAAAAUCUUAGCUAGCCAGUUAGAGGAGAUAAAGCUACAAGUCAAGAAACAGAAAGAUUUAGGAAAUGGGGAUAUAGAAGGGGAAGAUGCUUUCCUAUUGGGCAGAGGCAGGCACGAGAGGACUAAGCUCAGAGGUCAUGGGGUUGAGGCAUCCAUGUCAAGGCACAUACCCCGGGAACUGUCUCCUCAACAUAAGCGGGAAAGGAUCCGGAAUAGGGAGUUUGCUCUUAAUAAUGAAAAUUAUUCUCUAAGCAACAAGCAGGCUUCUUCUAUUUUUACCAACAGAAGGGCAGCAAAAACUUCCAACAUGGGAGUGGGUGCAGACAAUGGACCUCAGGAGACAAAGAGAGCUGAAGACCGAUUUGUACCUGGGUCUUCUCAGAGUGAAGGGAAAAAGUGUAGGGAGCAGCCAUCAGUGCUCAGCCGUUACCCACCAGCUGCCCAGGAGCAUAGUAAAGUUUGGAAGGGAACUCCCAAGCCAGGCCCUGAGAGUGGACUUAAGGGGAAAGUAGAAAAGACAACUCGAACAUUUAGUGACUCCACCCAUGGACCUGUUCCCAAUGAUACAAUGGGUAGAGGCGAUAAGACUUCUGAGAUCUCUGAGGCCCUCUAUGGCAAGAGAGCGCAGGUACCUGGAAAUGGAAGUCAAGUAACUCAGGCUGCAGAUUCUGGUUGUUCUAAGGCCACUGGAGCUCUGUCCUCAUCUCGAAGAGCCUCCUCAGAAGGGAUUUCUAAAGGCAAAAGGGCUGCUAAUGGCCUGGAGGCUGAUGCCAAUUUCCCAAGUUCUAAAUCUCCUAUUUUAUCAAAGUAUCCAUAUAGUUCAAGAAGCCAAGAAAAUAUCCCUCAGGGCUUUUCAGUGCCAAAUAAAGAAGGACUUGACCAGUCUGUAGCAGUUGUGAUGGAAGACAGCCGUCAGCAUGAAGCCCUAAGGUGUCGUGUCAUUAAAUCCAGUGGCAAAGAGAAGCCAGACUCAGAUGAUGACUUGGACAUAGAAUCUCUUGUUACUGCCAAGUUGGUAAACACAACUAUCACGCCAGAGCCAGAGCCCAAACAACAGCCAAACUCUAGGGAAAAGGUCAAGUCCCGAGGAGGACCUAGAACUGCCCUAUUUGAAAAUGAUAAAAAUGCUGCAAUAGAAAAUGAGUCAGUGAAAGCUACCAGAGCUUCCUCCAGUGCUGCUGUUGAAUUCCCAGAUGCCAAUGGUGCUGGGGUAAAAAACCAAAGGCCCUUCAGCCCCAGAGAGGCCCUGCGAUCUAGAGCAAUCAUAAAACCUGUUAUCAUUGAUAAGGAUGUGAAAAAAAUCAUGGGAGGGUCUGGGACUGAGGUUGUAUUGGAAAAGCAGAGAUCCACCUCUAAACCUGUGCCAAGCAAAGUGACAAGCAGCAUCACCAUCUACCCCUCUGAAAGCAGUGGCCCUAGAGCUGUCCAAGGAGAGGCCCCAAGGGAAAGGCAUACCUCCACCAGCAACAUCCAGGUGGGGCAUCCAGAGCUCACAGCAGGUAGCAACCAUGUCAACUCUCCCCUUGAGCUCUCUAUUCAUAAACAUGAUAUCACCUUGCAGCUCACAGAAGCUGAAAGAAUGGGAGAUGGGUCUCUAAAGAAUAGAUCGGAGACAGUGGUCUCUCGGAGCAGCAUUCUAAUCAAGCCAUCUGAUUCUGUGGAGAGGAACAGUCAUGCCCCCCAAGCGGAGACAAUCAGGUGGAAAAGUCAUAGUGCCUCUUCAGAGGUGGGCUCUUCUGACACCAGACAUGUCACUGUGAGGAAUGCCUGGAAGAGUAAGCGAGACUUGAAAUGUUCAGAAGACACCCCAGCUCCAGUAGGUAGGCACUUAGAAUCUACCAAUGCCUACACACAGAGGUCUUCCACAGACUUCUUAGAGCUUGAACAGCCUAGGCUCCUCCCUUCUGAACAGGGCACUCGAAAGGUAGGAGAUGCAGGGGAUGCUCCUGAACUCUCCUCUAGAAGGACCCAAAGUAGCCUCACCGCAGCAGAGGUUCUCACCCGGAGGAAUCGUAUAGGAGAUGCCAUCACUGCCGCCUCCUGGAACCACACGGCAAGCAUGGAGGAAGGGGAGGAUGGCACAUCUGUUACCAGCAGACGAGUGCACAACGCUCUGGAACAUUCUGAACUGCCCGGGAAGCAGGGGUUGCCAGAGCCUGGAGUCUGGACUGAGGAGCAGCUAGAGCCAGCCAGGCCUUAUGCUGAGGAAGACUGAGCCAGCUAGGUGAAAGUCUGCUGUUUCUUCCCUCCUUCUGCUUCUCAGCUCCUCCCCUUUCCUGGCCUGUGAAGGAUCCAAGGCCAGUUAAUCAGGCUAGACACAAGGCCUUGGCUGGAGACUAGAGAGCCAGGCUAUGGCUCAGGUAAUUUUUGCCAGUUGCCUAGUAGGAUCAGAGACUACAAACCAGUCACUCAGGCCAGCCUUCCUGAUGCAUGAGUAGUCCUCUCUCCUAUGCCUGUCCCCAAGGUAGCAUCGAGCACUCUCAGACCCCCAAACUGGAAGUGAUAGAAACCCACCACCAUAUAGAGGCAGCCAAAAGCUCUCUGUGCUCCUUGGUGAGCUGUUUGUGUAUCAAAGGCCAGCCCUUCUCGCUGUGUACUUGAUGCCGAUGCCCCACCAUAUCUACUUGGCUCCUUCUUUGUCCUAAGGGAUCCCCCUGGAAACCGUCAGCCAUCAUUUCCAUCUGGAGGACUUACAUUCCUGUCUUUGAGUUCUUGAGAAUUUGGAAACAGAAGAAGAGUCUGUGCUGUUGCCCCUAAGUAAUUAUGGGACCACCCUUUUGGCUAACCAGUUUCGUGGAGACAGAGCAUGACACCAAGUGGAAUGACACCAUCCUCCCACUCCAGCACUUGGCUCACCUUCCAAAGGCAUCAGAAACAGACAGAUCUCAUGCAUCUCCUUUCCUGGGCACCAACAUUGCUGCUGGUAUCAUCUCUGUUCUCCCCAGGGCCUGGAAACUUCAGCUGACUUCAUCACUCUCAUCUUGGGAAAAAUCUUAGACUGAGCUGGCAGACCCAGCAUACCCUGCCUUCUAGGAAGUGCCCAGCAAAUGGGAAAACAAACAAGAAUAAUUGAAUUCCUUUAGUCACUCCACAAGCAAUAGCUCCAUGAAAGGCAUGGACUGACUGCUCUCUCCCAUUCCUCUUCCAUCCUGUGGAGGAGGCCUCGCACUUUACCAUGCUGACUGCUAAUGCACCAUUCCCACAAAAGCAAGCCCUUGGUAUCUACGAAUAGAUCAUUAUUUCAGUAAUUUCAUUGGAGGAAAGCCAAUACCUGCCUGUUGAGGGCCUCAGAUUUAUGCAGUUCAAAGUGCAUUAAGCCUUUUAGGAAGGUGGAUAAAUAAAAAAAAACUUUCAUCUCCUUAUAUCAACCACAUGGGGAAGUUAAGAACUGCUUGCUUGUCACUGAGUUUUUUGAAGCAUUCUUUCAGUUCACAGGGAUCCUCCACGGCUACCUAUGUAGUGGAUGUCAUUGCCUUAUUAUACUGGGAGUCUGGAAAGCCACUUUUCCCCAUCCCUCCUAGCUUUGUCACUCCUUAUUUGUGACCUUUUGGCAAGUCAUUGUCUUCUUGGAGCCACAGUUUCCCCUAUUUCUAAAAAUGACUUCUUUGUUGGUUAUUCAUUUGUUGCUUACAUGUGAGUAUACACGUGCAUGCUGGGGUUGGACAUAGGAUAUGGUGUGCUAGGCAAAUGUUCUGCCACUGCUGCUUCACAGCUAGCUUAGAAUGAGUUCUUUGGAUUGGAUGACCUCUAAGGCCUUAACUUUGGUAUUUCAAAUUUGUUUUCAUCCCUUGGUGUGAGCUGACUCUUGCUUUUGAAGGUGGUGUUCACAGGAAUCUAGGGAAUGUGUUUAUGCCUUCAGUUGUCUUCCAGGUCUUAUACUUUCUCCUUUCCUCAUGUUUCUGUCAUGGGGAUGAGCUCAGAGAACUCUGUAAGGCCUGUCUUCAGUCUGAGGUGAAAGGAUUAGAUUGGGUGGUCUCAGGUCUAUAUGGCACAGGUGUUCCCCAGUGCCAUGUUUCCUGGCUUUCAAGCUAGGUGCUUUCUAUAACACAAGUUUGAUUGAUUCCUGUUUCCGUGCCUCUUCCUGUGAAUUUCCUGGACAGGGAAGACUCAGGACAUCCUCAGGAGGACUGAGUAGUCUCCUCCACCCUUACUCAGCACACACACACUGGCACUUAUCUGCCCUUGUCUGCAUCAGACUCAGCCAUCCUGCCAGGGUGUGGGGAGAUCUACUGUGUUUUUUUUUUGUUUGUUUUUGUUUUUUGUUUUUUGUUUUUUUUUGUUGUUGUUGUUUUCAAAUCCCCAGGGACAGGAACAACUUGCUAACACUUCUGUUUGAAUGGAGUUUUGCUAACCUGAGGUCAUUGUCAUGUGUCUUGCCUCCACAUCCCAACUUGAUGUACAACUCUAGGGUAGUGUUUUCAAGUUCUGUUCCUGCUGCUGCUUUUGGGUCACUGGCCAGAUACUCCUUCAUUCAAAGCUGCAACCUCUCUCACUCACAUUCUUCUGUACCAGUUGGCAGCCCUGAGAGUUCAAAGGAAACAGAACUCUGUGGUAGUCCACUGAAGAGUAUAGGAAAUUAAGUCUGUGGCUCUUCUCUACUGAUAGACACAGGGGCACCAAACCCUGCCUCAAAAGAUCUCGACAAUAAUUUUUGUCUUUGGGUGUCGAGCCCUGGAUUCUGGUGCUGUAGCUCCUGGUGCCAAAGUCUGGAUCUUUCCACAUUUUAGCAGUACCAAUACCUUCUGCUAUCUAACAUGUUCUGUGGAAUAGGAACAGCGAUGGGCUGCCAUUUUGAAAAUCUGAGUGCAAUAGCAUUUGAUUGUAACAGUUAUGUCAGGAUAUUAUUUCUUUAAUCUGCACACUUUUGUAGAACAGCUAUAAAGUAGAUAUAUUUUUAAAUUGCAGACAACAUUUAUCCUAAGAAAGUGAAGUUUGGAGGGUUUGGUUCCUCUGGGCUUUACAUGAAUGAACAGGCUGGCUCUGGUUCCAAAGUCAGAAGGCACAUUUCUGGGGAAAAAAAAAAAACCAAGAUGUACCUUUGGGUCCAAGCUGGAUGCUAGAGGAAACCUCCAAAUAGGAGACCCAUAGUCAAACUGUUGUCUAAUCAAGCCAAAUAUUCCUUUAGUCCCCAUAAACAGACUCACUUUUAUGACAAGUGCUUCUCAGUAGUCUGGGUAGAUGGCCAGCAGGUGUUUAUCAGAGAAUUCUGAGGAACCUAUUUCUAGAACUGCCUGGAGCUGGAUCCACCUGCUCUGUUACCUGCCACUUGGGUACUGGAAGUCAGAAAAGGCUGCAGGGUGGCAGGCAGGAAGCUGUGCCAGGUCUGUUUCUGUGGCAGUGAAAUAGUUCAGAGUACGAGUUAAAGGGAUUUGUGUGGGGCCAAGGCUACAGGCAAGUUUGCACACCAGUCAUCCUUCAUGCAGCAGGAGCCGGUGCCUGGAGGAAUAGUGGACAUCUUGUCCUGGGCAGUGUUAGUUGUUAGAUUUAGUGGGUCAGUAAAGGAGCAGGGACACAGAGGCUAACCCCCAGCUGCUUCUGUUGGCAUGGGUUUCUUCUCUGACAAAGACUGCUUUGCAAGAGCUGCUUUUUAGGGAUUAUCUUUUGAACACCCUGAAUAGGGAACAGGGUUCUCAACACCUCGACCAAGGUCAUAGGAAAGAGGUCCUAUUUUUCUUGCUGCUUCACAGCUCAGAACAUGUAUUGAAUGGAAUGUAUUUUUAAGAGAAUAAAGUCUAUUUUUUUGUAUUUUAAAGAUUGGGAGGGCUAGGAAGAUGGCCCUUAAAUAAACUUAGCAUGAUAGGCCCUUUGCUGGGGCCUCAGCUAUUGGUCCAUAUCCACUUGCCUAGGCAGGUGGCUCUGGCUUCUCCUCUGCCCCUUGGAGUCUAGGUGCAGCAGCUUCUACAUUCCUGCUCCAAGUAUGGGACCAGAGAGGCCAGAACCUGCCUCUGGAAAGCAGGGCACAGCCACGGGCAGUGGCUCAGGGCUCCUUGGGUGCAUGUGUAUAGUUGAAGCUGCCUGUCUGCAUGUGUCCUUAGGCUGUAAUGCUCUGUUGGCUCUGCAGCACAAUAUAACCAAUAAAGCUCCCGUUUCCAUA